AUGACAAAUAAUAAGUGAUAAGAAAUGAUAUGCACACCAAGGAACGCAAAGACGCUUUGGGAAAGCACGCCAUUUUUUCCAACGGAAAAUUCAACUAAUAUUUUUGCUGCUCUUUGGAUAUAUUUUUAAAGAACUACCGGAUAUUUAAGGAACACCAACACAAUGACCUCCCACGACCCGUACAACAAAUGGCGCAUGGCCAAAGUGAGCACGGUUGGCUACUGCACCUUCGGCGUCGUCCUGGUGGGGUUCGCCAUGCUGCUCGCAGGGGCCAUCAUCUCGGGCAUCGCCUACACCGAGGUCCGUCCCAACGUGGCAGACGAGAACUACGAACGGUACAUCCGAUCGGACCUGAAGCGUGUCAUGGGUCCCAUCACCCUGGCAUUCGGGCUGCUCUGCAUCAUCAGCGGCUGCACCUUCUUCUCCGUGAACCUGUUCUCUGCUUCCAGGGAGCAGAGAAGGAGGGCGAAGCACAACCUCAAGUACAACGUGAGGAGGUCGGAGGAGCACCUCCCGCCCACGCCCGAUGCCGACAAGAAGAUGCUCAGUGAUGUCUGAAGAGGACAUCCUCACAACUUCCAACCCGUCACGAACGAUCUAUUGCGCUUGAAUGUUUGCGGUGAUUGGCCGAAGAUUACCUGCCUGAUUCACCACCAGCUUUAAGUUUUGCGCCCAAACGUUUUGCACUUUUUAUUAUUUUUUUAAAACUUAUUUUAAAGUUCAUCAACGAGAUAUUUUCUCUACCAAUCACAGCACAUAGUCAAUGGCUAUGGCUUCACAUUAUCGUGCUAUUUAACUGGUGGUUGCGAAAAGUCGAAUGUUUUCCUCAAAGUGUUGUCAGAUAUAGUUUGGUUCUGAUAUGUUUAUGACCUUGACAAUGUUUACCUUUUUUUAGGGAGUUCAGACGGGUGCAUUAUUGGCACGAAUUUCAGUUGAAAUAUUUUUGUAAAACUACUAAAUGUCACCCGAAUCAACUUGGUGCUUUUUUCCAACCUUUCCAUUUUACCCCAAAAUGAGGAUAAGUUGUCAAGGUCAUAGCUCAACUGAUCAGGGCCACACUAUAGAGCUAAUGUUUCUGUAUGAAAACAAAGUUUCAGGCAGAAACAUUCAGCAAACUACGCAUCAUUUGGCAAACAUUUGUUUUGUUUCAGCAGCUACGGGUAAAGAUGAUAAAAUUACAGAAAGGGACGACACCCAAACCUGUUUUUAUGUGGUGGAUAGGGACCUCACAGAAAAAAAGUCUCACGUAGAAAAUAACCCAAAAACUUAUCUUUAAACGAAAUCACAAAUAAGCCAAGUGAUGACAAUUUUGCCGAAUAGUCGGACAAAAUUUCCCGAAUAAGGAAAUUUUUGGGAGGUCACACUGACUUCCCAUCGGGGUGCCCCUGUCGUCACUUGAAGAUACUACCUCGCACUCAUUUUUCAAUAAUUUCGCCAAUUGAGUCCCAAUCUGAUUGAAAUUUUCAUAUACCGCAAAAAAAAAAAAAAAAAAAAAAAAAAAAAAAAAAAAAAAAAAUCGCACAAAAGAAAAA